AUGGCUGCGACACCCGUGGCUGGUGAGAGGGGGGGUGGUGGUGGUGUGGAAAGAGCAGAGAAUGUUAGGGAGUUAGAGGAGGAGCAGGCGGAGGGGGAAGAAGAGGAAGAGGAUGAAGUGGAGGAUGGGGAAGAGGAGGAUGAGGAGGAGGAGGAAGGUGAACUGCGGGCUGCAUCCCCUAAAGGUGCUUCUGUCCGGCAAUGGGGAGGUGGAGGGCAUGGUCGAAUGAGGAGUGAAGAGGAGGAGGAGGAGGAGGAGGAGGAGGAGGAGGAGGAGGAGGAGGAGGAGGAGGAGGAGGAGGAGGAGGAGGAGGAGGAGGAGGAGGAGGAGGAGGAGGAGGAGGAGGAGGAGGAGGAGGAGGGGAGGAAGGAGGGGGUUGCAAUUCAGCGAGAGGGCGAUGACAAUGAAGAGGGAAGAGUAGCAUUAGCUAGUGUCGAUACUCCACCCGUGCAGCUCGCCCCCCAUGUGUCUGCCUCCUCAUUGCAAGUCCUUACACUUGCACCACACACUGUCUCCAUCUCUCGCCUUCCCUCGCGUGCUCUUCCUCACUCGCCCUCUCUCUCUCUCCCUAGCCCUCUCCUCCACCACCCUCUCUCCCUCCCUCGCCCGCUCUCCCUCCAUCGCCCCUUCUCCCUCCCUCGCCCUCACUCCCUCCCUGUCCCUCUCUCCCCUACCUUCAUCAGGAGCUGA